CUCGUCUUUAUCAUGUCGAUAUGGAAAAUGGCAGAAAAAUUAACUUGACAUAUUAAGUUUUUUUUUUUUUUUAAACCAAUUAUAUUUAUAAAAUAUUAACUAAAAAUAUUUAAAAUAUCAUUAAAAUAAUUGGAAAAGUGAAAAUAAUUUGAAAUUUUGAUUUCGGUUAGAGUGAUUGAGGCGUUGGGAACGAUUUGCGUAGGUUAUUGAAGUUGGAAUUUUUUUUGUGAAUUGGUUUUUAUUUCAAAGCAAGAAAAAAAACACGUUUUUAAAUAUAAUUCUGAAUUUAAAAAAAAAGUAAAAUUAAAUUUUAUAAUUGAUUUGCGAAAAAAAUUUAUGUUUGUGUACUUUUAAAACAAAAAUAAGUCACGAGAAAAAUUUCGCUCGUAAGUUCGAAAUCUGUAUAUGUAUAUGUACAUACUUGCAUAUAAAAAAAUUAUUGUGUAAAUUUCAACAUUUGUUGAAUUAGAUUAAAAAUUAAAAUUUUUGAAAUUAUUUGAAUUCACUAAAUUAAAUAUUAAAAUCUUCAGAAAGGAACAAAAUGAAGGAUUUAAGAGGAAAUGAAGUUCUUGUCGGUGGUAAAUACCGAAUUAUCCGCAAAAUUGGAAGCGGAUCGUUUGGUGACAUAUAUUUGGGUAUGAGUGUUCAAUGUGGUGAAGAAGUUGCCAUUAAAAUAGAAAGUGUUACAGCACGUCACCCUCAACUUCUUUACGAAUAUAAAUUAUAUCGUAUAUUAGCUGGGGGUGUUGGUAUACCACGAAUUCGGCAUUAUGGAACUGAAAAAAAUUAUAAUACAUUGGUGAUGGAAUUAUUAGGUCCAUCCUUGGAGGAUUUAUUUACAUUUUGUAGUCGUCAUUUUACAAUUAAAACUGUUCUAAUGUUGGUUGAUCAAAUGAUUGGUCGCUUAGAAUUUUUGCACCUAAAAUUUUUUAUUCAUCGUGAUAUAAAACCAGACAAUUUUCUAAUGGGUAUUGGACGACAUUGCAAUAAAUUAUUUUUAAUUGAUUUUGGAUUAGCAAAAAAAUAUCGUGAUCCCCGUAACAAACAACAUAUACCAUAUCGCGAGGAUAAAAAUUUAACUGGUACAGCUAGAUAUGCAUCAAUAAAUGCCCAUUUGGGUAUUGAACAAUCCAGACGUGAUGAUAUGGAGUCAUUAGGAUAUGUUAUGAUGUAUUUUAAUCGUGGUGCAUUACCAUGGCAAGGAAUGAAAGCAACAAAUAAAAAACAGAAAUAUGAAAAAAUUUCUGAAAAGAAAAUGUCAACACCAAUUGAAGUUUUAUGCAAAGGUUUUCCAGCUGAAUUUUCAAUGUAUUUGAAUUAUUGUCGAAGCUUACGUUUUGAAGAACAGCCAGAUUAUAUGUAUUUAAGGCAACUAUUUAGAAUUUUAUUCCGUACACUGAAUCACCAAUACGAUUAUACAUAUGAUUGGACAAUGUUGAAACAGAAAACACAACAUGGUGCCGCAAGUGCUGCAAUAACACAAGGUUCCCAAGAUCAAAAUCAAAAAGAAAAGCAAAGACAAGAAAAUGGAACCGAUCUAAAAUGAAACUGUCUUUUUUCAAUGUUAAAAAAAAGAUUAUUAAAUAAAAAAGAUAAAUAAAUAAACUUUAAAAAAUGACUUAAAAAAAAACAAAAAAAAAAAUUAAAAAAUAAUAAAACAAAAAAAAAAAUUAUAUAAAAAAAAAGUAUAAAAAUGUUAAAAAAAUAAUAAUAUUAAUCAAUUAAGUAUUUUAAUUUUGCUAGUAUUUUAGUAAAAAAUAAAAAGGAAACAAACAAAUUAAAAACUUAAAAAUAAACAAAAUGAAACAACAAAAAAUUAAUGAAACAAAAA